UUGGUGACAACAGCCUACGAGAGCUGACUGCCGCGGCAGCGUAUGGUCGGUACCAAAUGGUCGUGAGAUUGGUCGAUAUACCCAUCUUGACAGUACUAACGAGGAAAUAGUGAGAGCGGAGAGGACACUGACUUAUUGAUCACCAGUGGCUGGACCGUCCGUCAAUCAGGAGGACCUGCGCGUACAGGGACCACAGUAGAGGGCGUGCUAUACCCCACACUCUCAUUAGGACGUAUGUGUGAUUCUCAUCGGGAGUCCAACCAAUAGUUGCUCAUAUCGCAUUUUCUCCCUACAGCUUCUUAUAGCUCUGAAGUUUCAAAAUGUCGAGCGUGGGAAUGAUUCGAAGUUUUUAUUGAUGUAUGUUUCUAAGGAGCGAGGCAUAAUUAGGAAGGGUUCCCCAGAAGUGAUUCCGACACCCCUCGGAGAGAGUGAUAUUUUACCAUAAGUAAACACUGGGCAUCACAGCUGAUGCUCACCAUCAUAUACUACGGUGUUAGGGAUUCCGGAGGAGUGAGAAGGAGUUUUCUACUUGUUUCUUCAAGAUGAUUCGGGAUUUAAGGAUUAACGCUGAUUCUACGUGAUAGCCAUGGCUAAUGUGAGUCACAGGUUCCCCUUCUGGACUAACGAUUCCCUAGCAAACCAAUGGCAAGAGGAAAAUAGUUUUUAUGAUGUGAUAACAAGUUUCAGGGAAAGUCUUUUUACUGUGCACAAUACGACAACUAUAAUCCUUUUAACCUUUUACGUGCCUGUGUUUCUUGUUUCCCUUGUGGGAAACAUCCUGGUGCUUCUCGUGAUUGCUCCGAAUCGACAACUGCAAAGUGUCACCAACAACUUUCUGCUCAACCUCGCAAUAGCGGACUUACUAGUUACCAUCGUGUGCAUACCGAUGACAGCAGCCCAGAGGAUUUACCAGCUGUGGAUAUAUGGUGAUGUUCUCUGCAAGUGUGUCCAGUACUUACAGGGUAUCGCCGUCUCUGCCAGUACCUUCACCAUCACAGCUAUGAGCCUCGACAGAUGUCUUGCCAUUCGCCAUCCAGUCGCCAUCAGAAGACUGAGGACAACCACCUUCGUCCGCAUCCUCAUCUUCUGUGUGUGGACGUUUUCCUUGCUCAUCAUGGUGCCUCUUCCAAUCAUUAGACGGACUGUGACCGAAGAGAUCCUUCCCGGGCAGUCACUUAUAUUCUGCAUAGAGGAGUGGCCAUCAUUUGCCCACAGGCGAACAUACGACAUAGCCAUACUUCUAAUAGUCUACAUCAUUCCAGGGAUCAUAAUAUCAACGUGUUAUAUACUCAUGGGCAAAAGGUUGUGGGUGCCAGACAAGGAAUUAAACAGAGAUUUAUACCGAUAUCCUAUACAACGAGAGCCUACAUGCCGUAUGCAUCGUUUGACGACGGGGCGACGGAGACUGGCGAAGCUGUGUAUCGCUGUUGCAGUCAUGUUCGCUCUUUGUUGGCUUCCGUAUUACAUUGUGACGACAUAUUUGGACUUCCGACCAGAUUUGGACGCGGCGGACAUCGUCCACUUCACACUCCUCCUCGGACAUCUUCAUAGCGCGUCUAACCCCGUGCUUUAUUGUUUUCUACAUAAAACAUUCAGAAGAUAUUUAAGGAAAUUCGUCUUCUGUGGAUAUAGAUUAAAUCCAUCGAAAAUGAUUAGCAAGAUGAUGUUUUCGCGCCCCUUCACAAGUCACAGUUACCGGUCCAGGUCGUCACUCCACAGCUCAUUCCGCGACUCCAUGAGAGGUACGAACAUCCGUCUGACAGCCACCAGAGUGGCUCUUGACCGAAACAGAGGAAUAGAAACAAGGGCAGAUGGAAACUGGCACAAAGCAUCCUUUCUCUCAGGCUCUCGUUCCGACUCCCACUCCAGUUCUGCCGACGUGGAACGCGGCAACAACCGGAACCAGCUGCAGGUACCCCGUGCCGGAAGACCCCUGUACACAGCCUCGUUCCGAUCUCACCGCAGGAGGCGAUCCGAUAUGGAGGACUCCUUCAGCAGCUCCUGAUUCAAACAACAUGAAAAGAUAUUUCAAUUGUGCUUCUUGUGAAUUGUAUUUUAUAUCCUAAUAAUGGAUCUGUGAUACCAAGUUUUUCUUUUAUUGUUGUUUGAUAUUACAUGUUUAAGCAACGGGUGCAACAUUCAUUCAGGAGACAGUUCAGAGGAAUUAUGAAGCGUCUGUGUAUAUAAUGUUACAAUUAAUUUCUUUGUUUACAUUUACUCAUCUUUCCAUUGUCUAAAACAUUCUAUCUUGUUAUUUGCGUGAAUAAAUAUAUC